GCCACCAGCUGAGCCACCUCGCCUGGCCCGGCACGGGCCGGCCGGAGCGCGGAGCAGUGCGUGCAGCACGAAGGCCCCCAGUGCCCCCGCCAUGAAGGAGGAGGCCUUCCUCCGGCGCCGCUUCUCACUGUGUCCACCAGCCUCCACCCCGCAGAAGACUGACCCCCGAAAACUCACACGGAACAUGCUCUUGGGCUAUGAGAAUGAGGUUAGCCCAAUCAACCCAGGGAAGGACAUGGAGGCCAAUGGCAUGUCACCAGCAAAGGAUGAAGAGCCCCCAACCCCAGGCUCUGCCACAAAGGUGCCACCGGCAGAGUACAGGCUGUGCAAUGGGUCAGACAAGGAGUGUGUGUCCCCAACAGCCAGGGUCUCCAAGAAAGAAACUCUCAAGGCACAGAAAGAGAGCUACAGGCAGGAGAAGAAGCGAGCCACGAAGCAGCUGUUCAACGCCCUGACUGACCCCAGCGUGGUCAUAAUGGCCGACAGCCUAAAGAUCCGAGGGACCCUGAAGAGCUGGACCAAGCUGUGGUGUGUCCUGAAGCCAGGCGUGCUGCUCAUCUACAAGACACCCAAGGUGGGCCAGUGGGUGGGUACUGUGCUGCUGCACUGCUGCGAACUCAUCGAGAGGCUCAAGAAGGACGGCUUCUGCUUCAAGCUCUUCCACCCACUGGACCAGUCCGUCUGGGCCGUGAAGGGCCCCAAAGGCGAGAGUGUGGGCUCCAUCACACAGCCCCUCCCCAGCAGCUACCUGAUAUUCAGGGCCGCAUCGGAGUCGGAUGGUCGCUGCUGGCUGGACGCCCUGGAGCUGGCCCUGCGCUGCUCCAGCCUGCUGCGACUGAGCACCUGCAGGCAGGGCCGUGAAGGGGAGCCGGGGUCCUCACCAGACGCAUCACCCUCCUCCCUCUACGGACUGCCCACCUCAGCUGCCAUCCACCCAGAUCAGGACCUGUUCCCGCUGAACGGGUCUUCCUUGGAGAGCCACCUGGAGAAUGAUGCCUUGUCAGACAAGUCGGAACGAGAGAAUGCAGAAGGCUCGGAUGCAGAGAUACAGGACCACAGCCGGAAGACCACUGAGAGUGGGAGUGACCAGUCGGAGAGCCCCAGGGGACCGCGGAGGGGGACCACCUAUGUGGAGCAGACCCAGGAGGAGCUGGGGGAGCUGGGCGAGAUGUCCCAGGUGGAGACGGUGUCAGAGGAAAACAAGAACCUGAUGUGGGUGUUGCUACGACAGCUGCGGCCGGGCAUGGACCUGUCCCGCGUGGUGCUGCCCACGUUUGUGCUGGAGCCCCGUUCCUUUCUCAACAAGCUCUCGGACUACUACUACCAUGCAGACUUGCUGUCAAGGGCAGCCCUAGAGGAGGACCCCUACCGCCGCAUCAAGCUCGUGCUGCGGUGGUACCUGUCCGGCUUCUACAAGAAACCCAAGGGGAUCAAGAAGCCCUACAAUCCCAUCCUGGGAGAGACCUUCCGCUGCUGCUGGCUCCACCCACAGACCAAUAGCCGCACCUUCUACAUCGCAGAGCAGGUGUCCCACCACCCGCCAGUGUCUGCCUUCCACGUCAGCAACCGGAAAGAUGGCUUCUGUAUCAGUGGCAGCAUCACAGCCAAGUCCAGGUUCUAUGGGAACUCACUGUCGGCUCUGCUGGAUGGCAAGGCCAAGCUCACAUUCCUGCACCCCAUGGAGGAUUACACCCUCACCAUGCCCUAUGCCCACUGCAGAGGGAUCCUGUAUGGCACCAUGACGCUGGAGCUGGGGGGAAAAGUGACCAUCACAUGUGAGAAGACUGACCUCCGAGCUGAGUUGGACUUCAAGCUUAAGCCUUUCUUUGGGGGCAGCACCAGCAUCAACCAGAUCUCAGGGAAGAUUACAUCUGGAGAGGAGGUCCUGGCACGUCUCACUGGACACUGGGACCGAGAUGUCUUUAUUAAGGAGGAAGGCAGUGGGAGCAGUGAACUCUUCUGGAACCCGAGUGAGGAGAUCCGCGGGCAGCGGUUGAAGCGACACACAGUGCUGUUUGAGGAGCAAACUGAGCUGGAGUCUGAGAGGCUUUGGCAGCAUGUCACCAGAGCCAUCCGGGAAGGUGACCAGCACAAGGCCACACAGGAGAAGUCUGUGCUGGAGGAGGCUCAGCGGCAACGCACCCGCGAGCGCCAGCAGAGCCUCUCACCCUGGAAGCCACAGCUGUUCCACCUGGACCCACUCACCCAGGAGUGGCGCUAUCGAUACGAGAACCACAGUCCCUGGGACCCCCUGAAGGACAUUGCCCAGUAUGAGCAAGAUGGAGUCCUGCACACCCUGCAGCGGGAGACCAUGACCCUUCAGAACCCCUUCCUUGGCAGCCCAGGGUCCGGACACAAGAGGCCUGGCCCAGACCGGCGACUCCGCAAGGCCAGUGACCAGCCCUCCGGCCACAGCCAGAUCACUGAGAGCAGCGGCUCAACCCCCGAAUCCUGUCCAGAGCUCUCAGAUGAGGAUGGCGACUUUGUCCCUGGCAGCAAAAGCCCAUGUCCUCGGUGCAGGAGAGAGGCUCAGCGGCUGCGAGCACUUCAGGAGGCUGUUCUGUCCAUCAAGGAGGCCCAGCAGGAGCUGCACAGGCACCUCUCGGCCAUGCUGAGCUGCACAGUGCAGGCCAGGCAGGCGCUGGCCCCAAGCCUCCUGCAGAGCCCCCGCUCCUGGUUCCUGCUCUGCUUGUUCCUGGCCUGUCAGCUGUUCAUGAACUAUAUCCUCAAAUAAGAGCCUUUUAGAGCAGCAGGGCUGGGUCUUCAGAUCUCCCUCCCAGGCACCAAGCACUUUAUACCAGUCCUGUGGAGCAGAGAGGCCCGCAAGAAGGGCCACUGUGACACAGAGGACCUUACGCAGAAGGACAGCAGGUGUGGCCUGGGGCCAUAAGAGCACUGUGCCCUGGGGUGCAGUGGGACUUUGGGAGGGGUGGGGGGUGGUCACUGGCCUUGCCUGCAGGGUCCUCUGCCUAGCACUGGCCUUAAUGCUAAAGCCAAACGCAGCUUCUGUCCUGCAAUGCACCCCUGGCUAUCCUGCCUCCUCAUGCCCAGUCCAGCCCCACCUUGCACAUGGCAUCGAUAGAUUUGGGGAGCAGGAAGUCCUGCCCAGGCUUUGGAUUUCAGCAAGAGAGGAGGUUCCCAGGAGCAUGUCGAAGGGAAGACCCAGGAGUUCCUGGAGCUCCUUGUCCCUGAGCACAGCCUUCCUGAGAACCUGACCACAUUGCUGAGGUCACCCUGGGGGAGGGGGUCAGGUAGGCUCCUGCCAGGCUGGGCUGCUUGGGGUAGAACAGUUGAAGUUGUUAAUUCUGCUACUGUGCUGUUUGGCCCUGAGCCUGGGACAGGUAGGUACCAGACCCCGUCUACCCCUACAGCCAGGAGGAGCCAGCUUGUGCCCAGGGUUUGCCCAGUGACUACAAGUGUGAGCGUGUGAGCAGGAGCGGUGCACAGGGGGACCAGGUCAGGGAGGCACUAGCUUGCCACGUGCGCAGACAGAUGCAGUCUUCCUGUUCUUCUGACACUUUUAAUACACAUAAUUGCAAUACUCAAGGCAGCUGCUGUCAGCCUCUGCCGUCUGUUCGGCAGCACUUCCUAUGUCCGUGCACUCUGUGUGCGUGCAAGCGUGCGUGUGUCAGCAUCUCCAUGGAUUCACAUGUGGAGCCUUAAACUACUCUGUGGGUGCCAUCCCAGCUGUAACUGACCCCUCAUCUUCCAAGUUUUUUUACCUACGAUUUUGUCUCUCCCCCUUCCCAAUGUGGGGAUGUGUCUAUGUUCCAUGCCUUGAAAUAAACUGACUACACGUGUUGCGUGUUCUCUUCUUGCAAGACGUCUGGAAAUGGGGAGGGAGCUUCCCAGGGGGAGGUGAAAACUGGCAUGGGGCUA